CAAAGCUGACUGAUCAAUAAGUUCAUCAGCAGAAAGUAUUCACCCUCGUGACCGAAUCGAUCAGUUAGUUGCUUCAAUCAUCGAUAGAUAUCGCGUGUUUCGUCCGGUCAGGAUGUCUGAUAAGUUACUUUGAUUCUGUGAUGGCGGCGUCUCUUGUCUGUUAAAGUUGCUUUCACUGUUUUUUUUAUUGGAUCGGUUCUUUAUCGUUGGCCUGCGUCGGUUUCUGAGAUCGAGUUAGUAACGAGCCACGUUGUGGCGUAUAUCGGUGACACGUGCUCGGCCAAUACUGUCAGCGCACACGGGGACGCACGCACGCGCAGGAAGAAGUUCUCAAACAACAGAGCAUCGCGAGAGGAGAGAGACGGUGUCCGUUAACGGAGAGAGAACCGGGACCAGGACCAGGCAGAAGGGCCAGACACCGGGAUGGAGUUCGAGGCGUCCGGUAUCGGGGAGGAGUGCGGGGUGUUCGGGUGCGUGGCCGCCGGAGAGUGGCCCACGCAGCUGGAGGUGGCUCAGGUCCUCUCUCUGGGGCUGGUGGCGUUACAGCACAGGGGUCAGGAAAGUGCCGGGAUCGUUACAAGUAAUGGAGCCAGUCCACCGACGUAUGCAGUCCAUAAGGGCAUGGGAUUAGUAAGCACUGCUUUCUCGCCCGAGGCUCUUCUGAAACUGCGCUAUGGUAACCUUGGCAUCUGUCACACGCGCUAUUCAACUACUGGGAACUCCGAGCUGCAGAACUGCCAGCCCUUUGUGGUGGACACGCUGCAUGGCAAGAUCGCCGUCGCGCACAACGGCGAGCUGGUUAACGCUCUUGCCUUGCGGAAGAAGGUUAUGCGUCAUGGCGUCGGCCUCUCCACCAGCUCAGACAGUGAACUCAUCACCCAACUGCUGGCGUUCACUCCACCUCUGGAGGAGCUAGAUGCACCAGACUGGGUUGCCAGAAUUAAAAACCUCAUGACUGAAACUCCAACAUCAUACUCACUGUUGAUGAUGGUUAAAGAUGUUGUCUACGCAGUGCGUGACCCUUACGGAAAUCGACCCCUGUGCAUUGGACGUGUUGUUCCCAUCUCUAAACUGCACAGCCCAGGUGCUGGGGAGGAGGACACUGAGGGGUGGGUGGUGUCAUCAGAGUCCUGCAGUUUUCAAUCCAUUGGUGCCAAGUAUUACAGAGAGGUCUUACCAGGAGAGAUAGUUCAGAUCUCCAAACAUGGAGUCAAGAGUCUGAGUGUUGUGCCUCGCCCUGAGGGAGACCUCCCCGCCUUCUGCAUAUUUGAAUAUGUUUAUUUUGCCAGACCAGACUCUAUUUUUGAAGGACAGAUGGUCUAUACUGUGAGGCAGCGCUGUGGUAAGCGGUUAGCCAUUGAGGCUCCCACCGACGCAGACCUUGUCAGCACCGUGCCAGAGUCUGCGACCCCCGCUGCACUGGGCUACGCUCAGCAGUCUGGGCUGCCAUACAUUGAGGUUCUGUGUAAGAACCGCUACGUCGGGAGAACGUUUAUUCAACCAAACACCCGUUUGAGACAGCUUGGAGUUGCCAAGAAGUUCGGAGCACUGACAGAUAAUUUUGCUGGGAAGCGGGUGGUGCUAAUCGACGACUCCAUUGUCAGAGGCAACACCAUCUCACCCAUUAUAAAACUGCUCAAGGAAGCUGGAGCGACAGAGGUUCAUAUCAGAGUGGCCUCUCCACCAAUCAGGUUCCCUUGCUACAUGGGCAUCAACAUUCCAACCAAGGAGGAGCUCAUUGCCAACCGGCCCGAGUUUCAGGACAUUGCUGGGUACAUUGGUGCAGCCAGUGUCAAGUAUCUGACUGUGGAGGGCCUGGUAUCAGCUGUUCAGGAGGGAAUUGCAUCCAUGCAGGAGAAAGACAACAUGAUCAGCUCCAGUAACAAGUCCAGUAAGAAAGUGGGCCACUGCACCGCCUGUCUGACUGGGAAGUAUCCAGUGGAGCUGGAGUGGUAACAGCUGCAGCAAGGCCAUGGUUACAGCAGCGUUGGAUUAACUUCAAGCGCCAAAUGUAAAUGAAAUGUUCUUUGACUGGAUAAGAAAUGAUUUAAUUUUCCUGCAGAGGUAAAACGCUUGCUUUUGGCGACCUCCAGUGGUGGCAGUUUCACCUGUCUGUCGUCCACUGAUGCCACUGAAGUGCCUGACAUAAAUGUUUUCAUAAAAAUGUAGAAACUACUUUCACACGUCAACAUUACUUGCCUUAGCAAAUAUGUGCAUUUGAUAGAAUUUGCCGUGUCAGAAGCGCACAAAGAUCGACCAAAAAGUAAAUUGGUCUUUAUUUUCCUUACGUUUAUUUCUCUACCUUUGCUCUUUGUUUUGCGUAUGACUGUUAGAGAUUUUGAUUUUCUUAACUUUAAACCUUACAUGUAUGUAAUGAAAAAGUUAAAUAAACAGAACUGCAAUGAGAACGCA